UACAGGCUACAGCAGUACAAAGCAUACACUAUAUAGGUGCGAGGAAGACUGAACGACGCUGAAAUUUGGUGUCGAUACACUUGUAUAACAUGGCACAUACCGUUCCAGAGAUGAGCGAACAUGAAGAUGGCCUUUCGGCGAAGCAACUGCUAGAAUCAGGGCACGGCAUUACAUAUAAUGAUUUCAUCAUCUUACCUGGUUACAUUGACUUUACUCCAGAUAAAGUGGACUUAACAUCUUCACUUACAAGAAAAAUAACAUUAAAGACACCAUUGAUUAGCUCACCUAUGGACACUGUCACUGAAUCAAAAAUGGCUAUCGCAAUGGCAUUGCAAGGUGGCAUUGGCAUCAUUCAUCAUAACUGUUCGAUUGAAAAUCAAGCUAACGAAGUUCGGAAAGUUAAGCGUUUCGAACAAGGUUUUAUUAUCGAUCCCGUCGCCGUAGGUCCCGAUGCUCUUGUGAAAGAUAUUUUUGAUAUUAAAGACAAACAAGGCUUUUCUGGAAUUCCGGUUACAGAGAGCGGUACUAUGGGGAGCCUGUUACUUGGUAUUGUUACACACCGUGAUGUGGACUUUCUCAAUGCUGACAGCCUCUCGGUUCGAGUGACAGAGGUGAUGACUCCAAGAGAUAAGUUAAUCGUCGCCAAAGCUGGCUGCACCUUGGUAGAGGCAAACAAAAUACUUCAAGAAAGCAAGAAAGGAAAAUUACCGAUCGUGAACGAAAAAAAUGAGCUGGUGUCGUUAAUUGCGAGGUCUGAUCUUAAGAAAAACCGCGAGUAUCCUCUCGCUUCAAAGGACAGUACUAAACAGCUACUGGUUGGUGCAGCCGUAAGUACAAGAGAAGAAGACAAACCCAGAAUUAAAGCCUUGUUUGAAGCUGGAGUUGAUGUCAUAGUAUUGGAUUCGUCCCAAGGAAACUCGAUAUAUCAAAUAAAUAUGAUCAAGUACAUAAAAGAGCAGUAUCCUGGCCUCCAGAUCAUUGGUGGGAAUGUGGUGACGGUCGCUCAAGCGAAGAACUUAAUCGACGCCGGAGUGGACGGCUUGCGAGUUGGAAUGGGCAGCGGCUCGAUAUGUAUUACACAAGAGGUUAUGGCAGUUGGAAGGUCACAAGGAACUGCGGUUUACAAAGUUGCAAACUACGCGAGAGAAUUUGGAAUACCAGUUAUCGCUGAUGGCGGAAUAUCGACUGUUGGAUUCGUCACAAAGGCUUUGGCCUUGGGAGCAUCUACGGUAAUGAUGGGUUCACUUCUUGCCGGUACCUCGGAAGCUCCGGGUGAAUACUACUUUGCCGAUGGUGUUCGUUUAAAGAAAUAUCGAGGAAUGGGAUCACUUAAUGCUAUGGAUGCGAACAAGUCAAGUCAGGCGAGAUAUUUUAGUGAAAGUGCAAGAGUGAAGGUUGCCCAAGGCGUUGCUGGGUCCGUGGUAGACAAAGGGACGAUCCAUCGGUUCGUUCCGUACCUUAUCACUGGCAUACAACAAGGAUGUCAAGAUAUUGGUGCAUGCAGUUUGGACAAAUUGAGGGCAAUGACGUACAGUGGUGAGAUACGAUUUGAAAAAAGGACAGUAUCUGGGCAAAUAGAAGGCGGUGUUCACGGAUUGCAUUCGUACGAAAAACGGUUAUUUUAGGCAUACCUCGGAAAUUAUUAUAUUAUGAAUUGAUUUAUGGCUCGAGUAAUUAUUCAUAACAUAAAUGUACACUGUUUGCCCACUACUUCUACAGUCUGUAACCGAUCUCAAAAUUUUUCGUUAUUGAAAUAGAUAUAUUAGAUAUUAUAUGUACAUCGAUAUACAUAUAUUAUGUAUGUGGCGGUGCAAAAGCAAUGACAAUAGUUUCUUAUUGUCACUAAAUAGCAAAUGGUGUACAUUUAUGUACGAUCCAAUUUAAUUGAAUAAAAGUUUCAGUGUGGUUAUCUGAAUUUUGUUCACACACUCUUAAUCUUUUCAAUAAAAACCUUUACCUUUAUACAUGCUGAAAUUCACCUAUUCAGACAAUGCAGGGUUAAUGCAGGAUUAUUCAGCGAUUUCGGAAAAAACUAAAACCAGACAUGUACACGAUAAAGCCUGAUUCUUUAUAGUUGCUACCAACUGGGGAUGCUAAAACACCUAAAUGGCUAAAACAGCUAACUUGUUGAACAAGGAAUAGGUGAACUACAAGAGAAAAAGGUUUUAAAGAGAAAAAGAGUUUUCGCUUCAUGUAUAACCCAGAUAGCAUCACGACUCACAAUGACGUCCCUUUUGGAUAAGUGAAUUAUCAGCCGGUAAAGGUUUCUGAAACGUGGUAAAUAUUAUCAUCAAUAUGUUCAGAUCAAUCUGAAAUACGUUCGUGAAAUUAUGUACUUAUUCUAAACGGCUUCUCAACACAAUUAUACUAUGACGGCAAUAAACACGAUUUCUUUGUGACU